AGGAGCCAGGGCAGAGCCUGGCCACGCGCCUAAUGCACAGGCUGGAGUGCCCGCCCCCCACAGGGGAACCCGGACUGCACCACUACACAGAAACGGGGGGGGGAGGAGUGGGAGCUCCUGGACGGUGUCACGGCCGAGAGGGGCUACAGAUCCUAGAAGACUACCUUCUGGCAGAAGAUGCUCCUUUGCUGGAAGAAAUGGCGGAGGAAGAUGAGGAGAUUGACCUGUACAAUGAAAUGACCUUUGGGUUAGAUCGAGACUCCAUGGAAGAGGAAGUGGCAAAAGCCCCAGCUCCUCCAGAUAAAGGCCCAGAGCUGAGUCUUGUGGGUGAAAAUGAGGCAGCGGUGGUGACAGAGGUAGCAGAGGAGGAGGAGGAGGAGGAGUACAAGGCCACUGAGCAGCCUGGCCUGGGGGCAGAAGAGGAGGAGCCCAUGCUGGAGGAGAUGGAAGAGGCAGGGGAAGAAGGUGAGGCAGAGUCUGGAGCACGACCUGAUGACUUUGCUGACAUGGAGGAGGAGACAGGGGUAGAUGAACGUGAGGAGGAGGAGGAGGAGGAAGAAGAAGAGGAGGAGGAGGAAGGGGAAGAAGAGGAGCAGCAUGAGGAGGACAACGAGGAGCAGAAUGAUUUGGGAGACCCAGCAGUGAUGAGAGCUGUGCACAGCAAGCCCACGCUGGAGAGCCUGGACUCAGCAGUUCUUGACAGCAGGAUCGGCUCCACCUGGGGAGAGUUCGAGGGCGAUGACUUGAUGGCUGCAGAUUCAGGUGCAUGGACCUCAUCCCCAAGCAGCAUCCUGUCACACCACAUGUUGGAGGACAAAGCCAUUCUCCAGGCAUUGGACAGGGGCUCCCCCAUGUCGCAUAUGAACCUGGACUUCCUUGUCUCCCCAGCGCAGAGGGGGUACCUGGGCUCCCCUGGACUCAAGCGCUCGGACUUCAGAAUGAUGUCCCCGAAAUCCUUCCCUCAGCGCUUUAUGCGGCAGCAGUCUCCCAUGAUGCCCCGCUCCAUGGGCUCCCCUCGACCAUACACGCCACCCCGCAGAGCCUCGCCUCUCUUCACCCCCAAUCAGAGCUCGGGGUAUGUGUCUCCGACUCCCUUUAGGCCCAUGUCACGCAACAUCAGCACCCCAACGCAGCCCCUGGCCAUGCACUUUGGUCCCAUGUCUCCUUCUCUGGAGCCCCCUCUCUUCUUCAGUCCUCCAGCCGGCUGCCAGCUGAAGUUCAGUAUGCCCAGCCACAUGACCCAGCUGCAUCCUCAGCAUCAGCGGAUCCUGAAUCAGCGGCAGCAGCGAGGGCAGGUGCAGAGCAUCUCCCCCAAGAAGGCAUGGUCUCUGAAGGCGGAUCCCUAUUCUGGGCUCAUGACACGCAAAGAGAAGGAUUGGGUGAUCAAGGUGCAGAUGAUGCAGCUGCAGAGUGAGAAUCCUCACCUGGAUGACUACUAUUACCAGGCCUAUUACCACAGGCUGGAGCGGAAGCAGGCAGAAGAGGAGCUGCUUGGGGGGCGCAACAAGCAGGAGCCCCCCAAGCUGGUGACGCCAUACAUCCAGAAGAUGGAGAUCUAUGACUCUGUGGUGCGGAUUGCAGGCUCGCUGGGCCAGGUUGCCAUGUCCACUUGUUACAGCCCUCGUAGGGCCAUUGAUGCCGUGCACCACGCCCUGCAGGAGGAGGCUGCGGGGAACCAGCGACUUCGGGCACUGCACAGAAUUGAGAAGAUGUUCCUGCAGCUGCUGGAAGUGGAGGAGACUCAGCGGAAGAUGAACCUGCUGCCCGAAGAGCAGCACCCCCGUUUCUGUGAGAAGAGGAGCCACGAAGUUGGGCGCAUCUACCAGGCCCUGAAGAUCAGGGCGUGCGACAGUGAGGAGGAGGCAGAAGAUGAGUUCCUGCAGGUCCUUUGUGUGCGGAAGGGGAAGAAACUGACCGCGCGACUGCUGCCGCACCUGGCACGGGAGCAGGCGGAGGAGAUCCUGGUCACCGUCACCCGCCACCUGCCUUUCCUCAUGAGGAAGGAUGCGCUGGAUGAGUCCCUGCCUGUCCUGUACGGCCCCCUCAGUGAGAUGGUGGGCCGGAUGACCUUCAGCGAGCUCAUUGAGGUCCUGCAGGAGCUGACCAGGCCGCUGGCCGGCUCCACCGAGCUGCCGCUCACCAUGACCUUUAAGAACCAGUUCGGGAUCUCUCUCCUGUACGCCUUGCUGAGUCACGGCGAGAGGCUGCUCUCCUCCGACAUGCCGCUGGAGCCGCACAGCGGGGACUUCGAGAAGUGGACGGACACAGUGUUCCUGGUUGCCAGGGAGCUGUCCCAAGUGCCCAAAACUGCCCUGGUGGAGCCUCUCUUCCUCCCCAGCAACCUCCUCUCUUUGUUCUGCCGCUACCUGGACAAGCAGACCAUCCACCGCCUGGAGGCCAAGAUGGAGUGCUCCCCUCUGCCCUCGGAGGCUGCCAUGCCAUGCUGAGACCUCCCAGCCCUGGGAAAGUGGAUGAGACCAGCUUCCUGGGUAGUGGUGCCCAUCUUCUCUGAGAUGCACAGGCAGGGAGCAUCACCUUGUGACUUUGUUUCAAAUCAGACACUAUCCCUGGCACAGGGGGACUUUGUGUUUUUUGCCCUAGCACCGGGAAGAGCAAGACUCAAGGGCUGAUCAUGGCCCUCUCCAGCGCCAGUGCCUGGGGGCACAGCACAGGGGACAUGGGUAACUUAUUUGGGCCUCGCCCCGCAGAGGCAAGCGCUGGAGCACAGUGGGCGCAAAGCAGAUGUGUACAGUGGGCACGGGGAGCACCUGGUGGUGGGCGAUUGAGGUUGACUGUGUACAGCACUCGCUAAAAUAAAAGCGAUUAACAAGA